GAGAAAGGUCACACCUUGAGUCAACGUGGCCUGUGCCUGACUCCUUGCUUGGACAAGAGCAUCUGGCACGCCAGGCCGCACGCUGUCUUCGAUGAUGGCCUCUUCCACAGAGCCAUCAUCGAAGUCCGCUAUGAUCCAGCGCGAGCUAAGCAGAGCCGUAACAAGGGGAAGAAGGGUGCGAGCAACAUCACCAUCAACAGCGAUGCUGUGGCGAUCACUGGGUUGAUUAUCCAGGUUAACUCACAAGUCUACGCUGGAGAGGAGCGCUUCAAGGGCUGGGACGACGACCUCGAAGUUGUCCCACGCCCUGUAUUGAAAAGCCGUCAAGCAUGCGAACGCCAGAGGCGUCGCGAUCAUGAGCGGCGAAGGCAGCCUGUGGUUGGCAACGACAGCUCCUCCCAGCGCGAGAGAAGUAGGCCCCGCGAGAGCUCUCUGGUUGCUAGGCUUGAGGCGGAAGCACAGCUGGAGAGGGAGCGGCGGCGCCUCGAGUACGAAGCGCGUCGGGAGACCUAUGCUCGUCGAGCGGAGGAAGCCUGGCGUGAACGUGAUGAGCUGCGUCGGCAGCAUGCCCAACGUGAAGAAGAGGCCCGGCGUAGACGCCGGUCUUGGUCUCCACCGGGUCGCUUUAAUGUAUUCUCACCAUCCAGGCGGAGGAGGAGGAGGACGCGUUCUCGAAGUCGAGUUCAAUGA